AUGCCCGCUCCUACCAAUGGCGGCCUCUACCAUGAGACGACGCCACUCAUCGGCCGCACACAAAACCACGAGAACGAGUCGCGCUUCAAGACGUUCCCCAAGCAUGUACUCCACCUUACCUAUGCCACCCUCGCCAGCAACUAUGUCAACGUCUUCCUCGUCUUUGUCCCCAUUGGCAUCAUCGCCGGCGCACUUGGCUGGAACCCCACUGCCGUCUUCGUCCUCAACUUCAUCGCCAUUAUCCCGCUCGCUGCGCUUCUGAGCUUCGCAACCGAAGAGCUGUCCGCCAAGCUCGGCCAGACGCUGGGUGGAUUGAUGAAUGCGACGUUUGGAAAUGCCGUCGAACUGAUUGUCUCAAUUGUUGCGCUCAAGCAGGGCGAAAUAAGAAUCGUCCAGGCUAGCAUGCUCGGCAGUAUCCUGUCCAACAUCCUUCUUGUCCUUGGAUGCUGUUUCCUCGCUGGUGGCAUUCGCGAACAGGAGCGCAGCUUCAACGAGACUGUCGCAUCCACCAUGUCCUCCCUAAUGGCCGUCGCAUCCGCAUCGCUGAUCAUCCCCGCCACCCUCUACGCCGUCAUGCACAGCGACAACAAAAAGGGCAAUCUCGAAACCGACAAGAACAUUCUCGUCCUCUCGCACGGCACCUCGAUCAUUCUACUCAUUCUGUACAUCCUAUACCUCUACUUCCAGCUCUACUCGCACCACAGCCUGUUUGCCGACGUUGAGAACCAGGAAGGCGGGGAUGCCGAGGCUGAGGACGGUCAGAUUCUCUCGCCCACGGCUGCUGGUGUUGCGUUGGUUGUAGUCACCGUGCUUGUCGCCGUCUGCGCCGAAUUCCUCGUCAACAGCAUCGACUCGAUCGUCGAAUCGGCGCAUAUCAGCAAGACUUUUGUCGGUUUGAUCCUUAUACCUAUAGUCGGGAACGCUGCAGAGCACGUCACUGCCGUCAUCGUCGCAUACAAGGGCAAAAUGGAUCUGGCUAUCAAUGUCGCCAUCGGCAGCUCCAUGCAGAUUGCGCUCUUCGUCACACCCUUCCUCGUCAUCCUAGGCUGGAUCGUGGGUGAGCCCAUGACGCUGCACUUCCAGGGCUUCGAGACCAUGGUCUUCUUCAUCUCCGUUCUCAUUGUCAACUACCUCAUCCAGGACGGCAAGAGCAACUAUCUCGAGGGCGCCAUGUGCAUCGGAAUCUACGCCAUCAUUGCCCUCGCCUUUUACAUCUACCCAGAUGACGCAGCGGGUGACAUCACGGUCGAUGUCGUCAAGCGAUUCUUCGCCCCAAACUAA